UCUCGGUGGCUCUCCUUGACGGAAUCAAAACGGUGAUUGUUGAUGAUUGCUCGAAUCGAAAUGUAAAGCUAUGUCUCUUGAUUCUGUCUCAUGUGUUUGUUUAUGUCUCCUGAUUAAUAAAUCGUUCACCACUGAUCCAUUUUCGAUUGGGUUUAUUUCUUUGUGUGUUGAGAUGUACGGAUCAGGAGACAUGCUUGGAAGGUCUAAGCAGAGGACUACACCUAGCGAGAAGAUCCAGUUGCAAAACAGGUGACCAGUAGUUUGUAGCGGUCGCGGGAAGCUAGGCAGGCUGGUGUAGAUUUUGCAUCUUUUUGCUUGCGACGUUUUCAGACUAUAAGUAUGUAUCUUUUGCUCGAUGGCAUGCCACUACGCUUAUAAUAUUUUUGUGUUGUGAACCGAAUAUGAUAUAAGAUAAAUAAAUCGAUGUUUUAUGUAAAUGCGUUGUUGUUUCUGAUAUUAGCUUUGUCCAAGCUAACACAACGCCAGGUCGGAGUACGGGUUGAGAAGCCUUAGGCUUCGAUCUGACGGGACGUGUUAGCGGGGGAACCGGCCAAGUCACGAAUUGCACUCUUUGUGACCAGGCUGGAACGCCCCUAACCCGUCAUGUAGCGCUCCCGGGCCUUGGUAGAAAGUCAGCCGUCGGUCAUGUUCUUGUUUGAUUGUUGGCCGGUGGUUCGACCUAUACCUAGAACGGUUCGGGGGUGUUACAGAGGUGGUAUCAGAGCAUGGUUUCGUCCAUGCGUGACACAAGUGCUUUCAAUGUUUUAUCUAGUCAAAAGAGUCACAAAAAGAUGUUUUAGGAAACCAGCCGCUUCCCGCAUUAGGUUUAAAUAGGAAUAUGACUUACCUUUUUAUGUGUGUGCAGAUGGCUAAUCGCGGGAUAGGUGAUGAUGGACGAGAUCGGAUUUGGGGAGAGGGUAGGGUCUCAACAGGCAGAGGAUUGGGUUACAGAUCAGAGCAAGAGAAUGGAAAUGGCGUUAGUGAAAUGUUUGGACACGACAGGAGCCCUCUGCAGAGAACAAGAUCUUUUCCAGUGUACGGUAACCCGACCAGAGUUACAAGGGAGGCCAGUUUGGCAAGCGUUAGUCCAAGUCGUAAUUGGGAGCAGAGACAUCAGCAAGAUCAAUCCGCUCAAUCAAACCCGAGGACAGAUCAGAACCGUGCCACAGAAAGACCACAAGAUCAAGGAGCAGAAAACACUUUGAAGCUGUUGCACGAUGUGAUGACCCAGGCACUUAGUAACCGGAGCACACGUACUGAUACCCCUGAAGUUUCGAAGCUGUUAUCUACCAUGAAGAAUAUCGGAUCCUACAGAUACAAGGGAGGAUCAGAUCCUAUUGAAGCUCUCAAGUGGAUUACUAUGAUGGAGAAGAAUUUUGAAGCCAUGGAGUGCCCAAAAGAAUAUAUGAAGAAGAUCGCAGUGUACUAUCUUGAAGGAGACGCAACCGGAUGGUGGGACAGCAUAGAGAGGCAGUGUGGACAUACCAUCACAUCAUGGGAAUCUUUCAAGGGAGAGUUCGAAAGGAAGUACUUUCCUCCUGAAGCAAAGCAUCGGUUGGAGCGUCAGUUUAUGAACCUUGUUCAAGGAGAUAGGCCAGUGAGGAGUUAUGAUUCUGAGUUCACAAGGUUGAGGCAACAUGUUUUUGAUGGACGUGAAGAUGAAGGAACGAUGAUCCGUAACUUCAUGUACGGAUUAAAGCCGGAGAUUGGAAGUCGUUUAGCUGGAAGCAACUUUAACAGCUUAUCCGAUCUGGUGGAGAAGGCUGUUAAUGUUGAGACUGCAGUAGAGACAGAAAAGAUGGUUACACAAUAUUCUGGAAGACACUCCAAGUUCAACCAAGGAGAAAGGUCAAAUUACAACAAUGGUCCAAGGUUUAACAAAGGCAAAGGGCGAGGAGGCCAGAGCAAUUAUCGUGGUAACUCUGGAGUCUGUUACACAUGUGGGCAGCCGGGACACAUAUCAAGGGUCUGUCCCAACAAUCAGCGGAACAACCAGUGGGGUAACCAGCAGGGUUAUCCACAGAUAAGGAUCGAGGAUGUGACUUGUUUCUCUUGCGGAAAGAAGGGCCAUUAUGCGUCGUCAUGUCCAAACAAGCCAAUCCCUGCGACCCUUCUCGCGAUCCGAGCUCCUCCUAGCCGUCCAGGAAUUGAGCCAGCACCAAAGAAGCAAAACCUAGGAGGUAGGGUUUAUGCCUUAGAAAUAGAGAACCCUGACAAUGCAGGACCUUCCCACGGUCCCAUUACAGGUAUAGUGGGUGUUCAACCUCCUCUUUUUAGUGUAUGGAAUUUAGUUAGGAUUCUGGUUAUAUUGCUUGAUCGUUAGGUUGCGCGUUUAGAAAUAUUAUGAUUGUGAUUGUGUGAGUUUUGAUUAGUAUUAUUGUGAU